UUUGUUUAGUUUAGUCUUCCGUCAAAUGAGCUUGAUAUCGGUCUAACGGGAGUGAAUAAAUUGAUAAAAGUUGACAUUUUUUUCCUUAAAUUCUCAAAAAUGAAGCAAUUUAUUGUGAUCCUAUUUUUAUCAGUUAUUGUGUCUAUCAGUGGAUUGCAGUUCAAAGAUUGUGGUUCAAAAAUUGGAAAGUUUACUAAGGUAGUUAUAUCAGGCUGUGAUACAACAAAGAAUGAUUGCAUUCUCAAAAGGAAUACGACGGCUUCAAUAUCUAUUGAAUUGACAUUAUCCGAAGAUGUCCAAACUAUCACAACUAUAGUCCACGGAAAAAUAAUGGGAGUUGAAAUGCCUUUUCACCUACAAAAUCCAGAUGCCUGCGUUGACAGUGGAUUGACAUGUCCGCUUACAAAGGACACCAGCUACAGUUACAAAGCAACGUUACCGGUUUUAAAAGCCUAUCCGAAGGUCACCGUUGAAGUAAAAUGGGAAUUGAGAGACCAAAACAAUGACGAUAUUAUUUGUGUCCUUAUUCCUGCCAAAAUUCAGUAAACAACGAAAAAGCACACAUGUAGCACUAUUGAUUGUUGUAUGAGAAUUGUGAAUAGAAAUAUUUAAUAAAACAAAAUUAAAAUGGGUUUUUAGUAAGAA